AUAAUAAUUUUGCAGGGUUCUCUCAUUGAGAUGACUGGCCCUAAGCGAUGCAUCGCAAUGGAUUCCUCUGUUCUAGUUGAAUUUGACAUCAGGAUCAAGACAGGAGAGAAAGAAGAAGAUGAUCUAACAUUGAUUGACGGCGCGACAGAUUACUGUGACCUAACCACACCUUCUAUGUCAUUCACAAAUCGCAUUAAUGGCGAUUGUGGUGCAGUUGACAUCACUUUGGCACGUGUUUACAAUGCUGUGGAAGCCACGAUAGAUGUUCUCAUAUUGAAAGUGCAGAAUGGAUUCAAUUUGUCGCUCAGUUUGUUUGUAUUUGUUGGCGGGUCAGAUCAGGAAAUUCCACUCUUUCAUGGCACUACUGCUGAGUCAUGUGGCUUAAGAAGAUACGUGAUUGCUGUAGAGAUGGAUACUUGGUUGCAGUUGAAGUUCAAGGUAGGUCAAAACGGCUCUAAAAAUGACCAUCUUGAACGCAGUUGCCAUUUCAAAGCAAACAUUCAUGGAUGUGCCUGUCAACAAAUAAUGCUUCAGCAUGCCUCUCUCUCUCUGAAGGUGACUUGGUCAACCGUGCCAGGAUAAAGUCAUUGUGUUUCAUUUUCAAAUUUAAGUUGCAGUAUUUGAUCUUGGACUUGAUCUGUGUAAUUUUCGUUUUUUGAGAAACACAUACUCCAUUUUAAUCUGCAUUGGAUGGAUGUUUUAGUUA